GGAAGGCGGCGUCGGGUGGAGGACUGCUGUUAGUUUGCGCCGUGUUUAUUGUUAAGGUUGUGUGGAUUAGCACUGCAGUGCCCAGUUUAUAGCUGUAACCUGCACAGUUUAGCCGCAGGAUGAGUUAAAGAGGUGCGCUGGCAUGUGAGGAGGCGAACCGCGGGGACGGACACGGAGCUGGCGGCCGGAGGAGGAGAAGGAGGAGGAGGAGGGAGAGGCUGGGAGCUGAAGAAUUCAAACCGGGAGUGACAUCACAGAGCGACCCGGCUGCUGCUUCCUGUUUUUAAUUACAACCGAAGGAAAUAAAGACGAUCAAGCCAUGAUCCUGCACCUGAGUUGAUCCCCACCUUGCAGCCAAGUUUCACCGCCACCCUUCGCCAGUCUGGUCCGCAGAUGGCCAACUCUGUGGCCUUGGUGGUCCAAGCAGAACUCCUACCGGCCCAGCCCGCUCCCUCCCUCUCCUCCUUCCCGUCCCUGCUGGGAUCGGGGGAGGAUGGAGAGGAGGACAGGGAGGGAGGGCAGGUGGUGGACGGAGACAAGGGCGUACUGGAAGAUGGAGAGGAGAUGGUCCUGGACGUGGUCACGUCUUCCGGCUCGGAGCCGGCUUCCGCUCAGCAGGCCGAGCAGUCGGAGCAUCCCUUUCAGUGUCUGGACUGCGGGAAGAGCUUCAGGUGGUCAUCCAGGCUGACCCACCACCAGCGCAGCCACAACAACGAGAGACCCUACCGCUGCAACCUCUGCCCCAAGGCCUUCAAGGGCUCCUCUGCUCUGCUCUACCACCAGCGGUCUCACUCAGGAGAGAAGCCCUAUAAAUGUGACGACUGUGGCAAAGCCUUCAAACGCUCGUCUCUUCUCCAGGUCCAUCGGAGUAUUCACACCGGCGUCCGGGCCUUCUUGUGCCCCUAUUGCCCCCUGACCUUCAAGUGGAGCUCGCACUACCAGUAUCACCUGCGGCAGCACACCGGCGAGUGCCCGUACCCGUGCGACACCUGUCCCAAAGCGUUUAAGAACUCGAGCAGCCUGCGGCGGCACAAGAACGUCCACCUCGGCCUCAAGCCUUACACGUGCUCGGUGUGCAACAAGUCCUUCACUCAGUCCACCAACCUGCGGCAGCACAUGAGGAUACACACGGGGGAGCGGCCGUACGUCUGCAGCGACUGCGGCCGAAGCUUCACGCAUUCGUCGAACCUGGCUUUGCACAAGAACUCGCACUCCAGCCUCAACGCGGGAGCCAAGGAGGGCAAGAGGGGAGAGAACGGGCAAAAGGAGAACGAGGUGGUGGAGGUGGUGGUUGGGGCGGAGGAAGUGACGUCGACCAUGCUGACGGACAUGGUGGGGUUCGUGAGCCAGGAGGGAACCGACGGCGUCGGCGUGGGGAUGGAGGAAGUCUUCCUGUCCACCACUCCCUCCGGUCAGAACCCGAGCCUCCUCCCCCAGCUCACCCUCGUGCCCUCCGGGGAGGACGUGUGCACGUCCAGGGCCAUCGGGACAGAGGUCCACCUGAGCACCGACAGCGGAACCAGCGUCCUGCUGUACAGCUGCGGCAGCUGCGACCACACGUUCGGCACCCGGACGGAGCUGGAGCAGCACCAGGCCAUCCACAUGGCGACCGGCGAGCACCACAACGGCGAGGAGGCGGGCCACGGAGCAGGGAUGGAGGUCGGAGACGGACUUGUGGGAGCUGGACACCUGCUGGCUGACUUUGAAGAGGUGGUGGAGACCACCACGGUUGCUGAAAGCGGACACACGACCGAGGUGCUCCUCGGCUUGGCAGAGAGCGUAGAUGGCAGUAAUGCUAAUGUGGGCACAACCCAGGCCCAGUUUGACCUGCUGCAGAGCUUCACCGAGGUGACUCAGAGCUCCGAGGCCGUGCAGCCGGAGGCCAGAACCACAUGGGCAGGGCUGUCAUGCGGCUACUGCAGCAAGACCUUCAAGACCAGCGGAGGCCUCAACAGACAUGUGUCACUGAUGCACUCCCUUUCAUCGCAGUCGCGCUCCCAGUUCAGCUGCUCCGCCUGUGACCGCUCUUUCCCUCUGCUCUCGUCACUCCUCACCCACCAGCACUCCCACACCCCGGAGCAGCGCCUCCUGGCCGAGGCAGAGGCCGAGAUAGUGUGUCCUCCGUCUCUGUCCCUGUCUCUGCCCAUGCCCUCCUCCCCGAGCCAGGCCGACAAGCAGCAGGAGGGCCACAGCGAGAUCCAGGUGGACAUCAUCGCCGUGGGCGAGGAACAAGAGGAGCACCCGGCCAAACCGACCAAAGCCGCCAAAAAGGCCGGAUCCAGCAAGACAGCUCCUGCUGGAGAGAGGCCGUAUCGCUGUUUGGAGUGUGGAAAAGCCUUUAAAGGUUCCUCGGGGCUGAAGUACCACAUGCGGGAUCACACUGGUGAAAGGCCCUAUCGCUGCACUGAGUGCGGAAAGAGCUUCAAGAGAUCGUCUCUGCUCUCCAUCCAUCAACGAGUACACACGGGAGUGCGCGCCUUCCAGUGUCCCCACUGCCCCCUCACCUUCAAAUGGAGCUCCCACUACCAGUACCACCUGCGGCAGCACACGGGCGAGAGGCCCUACGUGUGCAAAGAGUGCGGCAAGUCGUUCAAGAACACCAGCUGCCUGCGAAGGCACAGCCAGAUGCACUCAGGGCUUCGGCCUCAUACCUGCUCCAUCUGCUCCAAGUCUUUCUCCCAGACGUCAAACCUUAAACAGCACGAGAGGACGCAUUCCGGCGAGAGGCCGUUCCAGUGCACGCGCUGCAGCAAAAGCUUCACACACUCCUCCAACCUUCAGCUCCACCUUCGUACGCACUCGACACGCAAGGACCACAAAUGCCCGUUCUGCUCCAAGGAGUUUGUCAUGCACUCCUAUUUGCAGAGACACAUCCGCACCCACGGGAAUGGCGUUUCCCUCCCUGGCCCCGGAGGCGGAGGGAAGGAUGGCGUGGCUGUGAAGGCCAGCGUGGGUGGAGUCACCACCACCACAACCCUGCUCAAUCCCAUCACCCUGGAAACCUCGGGAAACAGCGGCAGCCUGAUCGUGUCCCAGCCGGCGCUGAACAUCCCCCCCAACACCUCCCAGAACUACUUCAUGAUUCAGACGGCAAACGGCCUGCAGCUCAUCCCUCUCUCGCCCCCUGCUCCUCCUCCUCCCCCGCCGCCGCCGCCUCCUCCUCCAUCCCAGUCGCAGAACUUCCUCCUCCUGCAGUGUCCCUCCGCUAACGGCAGCCAGUCCAGGCUCAUUCUCCUCCCCACAGCAAGCAACCCUCCACCGGCUCCAGAUCCACAGUCCCUUCACAUUCUUCAGACCGUGCAGGCAUUCCAGCCCGUCCUCAGCCAAACGCAGCCUCACUUACCCCAGUUUCCGACCAUAUCCCAGCAACAGCAACAAGCAAAGAUCAUCAUUACCAACGCUGCGCACAGCCCGGCCGCCGCCGCAGCGAACCACAGCAUCUCUGCCCUGCUGACCAAGCCCAUCUUGGGGAAGAGCACACGGACCGCACGGGGCCGGCGCAGCCGCAAACCUAAAGCUGCCCUUCAGAAAACGCCGCCGGCUCCCGCCGGUCUGACUGCAGGUGGUGGCGCAGUUCCAGCGACAAACUGCAACGCCGAGUCACAACUGUCCUGCUCUGCUGGCCAAACGCUCGCGUCCUCCACCGCCGUAGCCCCCGAAGAGGCCGCCUCAGGAUCCCCGCCGGCCACCGCAGAGGCCACAGGCUCUCUCCCCGCCGCCCCAGAGGACGGCCCUCGUUACUCUAUGGAGCAGAUCCGGAAAGAGGGAACCAUGCCGGGGAAGCAGUUUGUGCUCUGCUUCGAGAACGCAGAGCAGCCGAAGCAGGGGGCGAACGCGGAGGAGGACGGGGAGCCGUACGUGUUGCAGUUUGAGGGGGAUCCGUCGGGGGAGGCGGCCGACGACGGGCUCGACGGACAGAGAAAGUCCAUCGUGUUGCAGUUUAAGACAGGCGGACAAGAUGACGGCGAAAAGGGGGGGAAAAGGGACGAGGGGGUGAUGUCGCUCCUGCAUGAAUGGGGAGGGGGGAGGCAGGGCGGGAGCCAGGCACUUGGGGAGGGAAGCCAGGGGGAGUCGUACGUCCUACAUUUCCACACCGAAGCUCAGGAAGGUUCUCCAUCAGGUGCUACAUUCGGCCAAGGGCCAGACAGCGGCGUCGAGCUUUCCUGCGCGCCCGGCCAAGCUUUCGACGGACGGGGGGUGGCGUUUGACCAGACGGAGCCCGAGGCCGAGCAGGGCGUGCAGAUGAUAGCGCUGAUCGAAGGCGAGGGGGAGAUGAUGGGCGGAGACGGCGCAGUUUGCAGUGCGGGAGCCGGCGCCAUGGCUGAGGACGAGGGCGGCGUGAAAAGCAUCUUCCAGCUGGAGAACGGAGACAAGAUCGUCAUAAUCGAGGUCAGCACCAGCCAGCUGAGAGGCGGGGAGGGGGAGAUCUCUCCGAGCGGCCCCGCGAAACACGAAGACGCGGCGGCAGACGGGAACGAAAGGCCGGCCGCGGAGAAAACGCCGGGCGAAGACUCCAGAGAAAACGGCCCCGCGUCAAACUCUGAGGAGAUAAAGUUCCCCGAGGGAGGAGCGGGUUAGCGAGAAGGGCAACGGGCCACUCGGCGAGCUGUUCGGUAGCACUUUAGUCGUUUGAGUUCUCCUGGAAAGUGAGAGAGAACGUGCAGUUAGAGGAGUGUUGUGUUGUAAAGCCAUGGUGCCACUUUCUAGAAAUGUUAUACAUUUAAAUAGGCUAAAACAUGGACUUUGUAUUGUUCCUAAAUGCAUUAGUUAAAUUAUACUGUCUCUGGCAGUUUGUUGAAGUAUGAAUUUGUUAUAACUGUUGUACAUGGGACACUUUCCUCACAGUGUUGAUAGCAAAUAGUAAUUCAUUAAUAAUAAAACUAUUAAUAUAUUUUAUUGUUUGACUUAUUGAGCAACAAAAGAAGGAUGUUGUAUUCACUUUGAAAUAUGAAGGGGAAGCAUGGAAAAAGCGACUAUAUUACUCUGGUUUUUAGGUUUUAUAUUCCUAGAACUGCCAAUGGCUUCUGAAUGCGACGUUGUUUUCCCCUUUUUGAUUUAAGACCUGGAAAAUGCAUGUUUUACAUGACUUGAACUUUUUUUUUUAUUUUGUUUAGUUCUCACUGCAGUUACAGUGCUAGUAAAUCAGGAACACAAGCUGAUCCAACAAUAAAAUCAUUUCUUUAGUCAUCCUUCA